CUCGCAGGCCACAAGCUUUCCAUUAAGCAAACCAGAACGUGAUUCUCCUUCAGAACACGAACACUCUUCAGAGUUCAGAUGGCAGCGAGGGAUAGCCGUGCUCCGGCUAUGGUGCAGGUGAGGUGCUUGCUGGUGUUGGCUGUCUUCCUCUUGGUGGGAACCCAUGGCGGUGACGCGCAGCCGCUCGUGCCGGGGGUCAUGACGUUCGGCGACUCGACGGUCGACGUCGGGAACAAUGACUACCUACACACCAUCAUCAAGGCGAACUUCCCGCCCUACGGCAGGGACUUCGAGAACCAUGUGGCCACGGGGAGGUUCUGCAACGGCAAGCUGGCCACCGACAUCACCGCUGAUACGUUGGGGUUUACUAGCUACGCCCCUGCAUACCUCAGCCCACAGGCGUCAGGGAAGAACCUUCUGAUGGGAGCCAACUUCGCAUCGGCAGGAUCUGGGUACUACGACCACACGGCACGUAUUUAUCACGCGAUCCCUUUGUCCCAACAACUGGAGUACUUCAAGGAGUACCAGUCUAAGCUGGCCGCGGUGGCUGGGAGCAGCCAGGCUCGGUCGAUCAUCACCGGCUCGCUCUACAUCAUCAGCGCCGGUGCAAGUGACUUCGUCCAGAACUACUACAUAAACCCUUUUCUUUUCAAGACCCAGACCGCCGGCCAGUUCUCCGACCGCCUCAUCGGCAUCUUCAGCAACACCGUGUCGAAACUCUACAGCAUGGGAGCACGGCGCAUCGGCGUGACGUCGCUGCCGCCGCUGGGCUGCCUCCCCGCGGCGAUCACGCUGUUCGGCCAUGGGAGCAACCGGUGCGUGUCGAGGCUCAACAGCGACUCCCAGAGCUUCAACAGGAAGAUGAAAGCCACCGUCGACUCGCUGUCGAGCCGGUACCCUGAUCUCAAGAUCGCAGUGUUCGACAUCUACACGCCCCUGUACGACCUCGUCACCUCUCCUGAAUCACAAGGCUUCACGGAGGCGAGGCGGGGAUGCUGCGGGACGGGCACGGUGGAGACGACGGUGCUCCUCUGCAACCCCAAAUCGAUCGGGACGUGCCCGAACGCGACGACGUACGUGUUCUGGGACGCCGUUCACCCGUCGGAGGCGGCCAACCAAGUGCUCGCCGACGCGCUCAUCACGGAGGGCCUGGCCUUGGUUACAUAGACCAGUGGAGCUACCUCUGCUCGUGGGGUCCAGCCUUCGACCAGUAUAUGUCCUUAGAUGAAACAAGCUACAAGAAUCUUGGAAGAAAAUAACGUUGGUUCAUAGUGCAAACUCCGAACUUUCAAACUCUGUAGUUGCUUGGGCUCUAAAGAUCUCUAUAAUGAUUUUUUUUCUUGCUUUUGAUAUAUUACUAUACUAGUUAAAUACUCGUACGUUGUAACAGGACAAAAAAUAUUUAUAAGGAAUGAGAAAUAAGUUAAAAUA